AUGGGGAACUGCCAGGCGGCGGAGGAGGCGACGGUGGUGGUGCAGCACCCGGGCGGGCGGGUGGAGCGGCUCUACUGGGCCACCAGCGCCGCCGAGGUCAUGCGCGCCAACCCGGGCCACUACGUCGCGCUCGUCACCCUCCGCGUCGCCGAGGACAGCCGCCGCCCGGCCGACACGCAGCAACGGGGGCAGCGCGGCGGUGGCACGGUGCGGCUGACGCGGGUGAAGCUGCUCAAGCCACGGGACACGCUGCAGCUCGGCCACGCCUACCGCCUCAUCGCCAUCGCCGAGGUCGCCAAGGCCGUGCAGGCCAGGAAGGAGGAGAAGACCAGGAGGGAGCAGCGGCAACAGCAGCAGCUGGGAGGAUCGAAGCAGGCCGGCGGGGAGUCUGCUUCCACCGGUGACGACCAGGCGCUGAUGGACGAGGGUCUUGAUCAGCUGGAGCACCAAGACAAGGACAUCCACCACCGGAGCAACUCGGCAAAAAAUUCGAGGCAUCGCCAGUGGCGCCCUUCUCUGCACAGCAUCGCCGAAGUCAGUAGCUGAUGCUAGCUGAUUAGCCGAUGAAUGAUCUGUCUUUUAGAGUUCAUGUUCAUCAGUUGGUUGCUAGGUUCAAGUUCGACAGCUGGAUCAGUACUAUAGAAGAUGAGCAACUGGAACUUGGGACACGUAGGAUUAUUGUUGAACAAAUUUGUGUGAAUGUGUGAUGUACCGUAGUAUAUUUGUUCUGUUAAGAUGCAAAGUACAUCUACCUGGAGAUUUAGCUUUUGAGGAUCUCUGUUGUGGUGUAGUGUAUCUGUAUUAAUUGUUGUUGGUGCCGACUUUGCAAUC